AUGUGCAUUGUGACUCGUCCUGUUCUACGUUCUGUGUUGGAUUCCCAGUUUGAGAUGCGCCGGUCUGUGUACGGACCCACUGCCGCCGCGCCGUCGGAUCGAGCGUCACUCUCGUCGCUUGAACGCGCUCUGUUGGAGCUGCGCGAUGUCUGGCGUCGCGGGAUUGACCGACGGCUGCUGAGCGAAGUGCUUCCGACACUGCUCAUGUCUGGCUGCGGGCUGAUGCUCUCCGGCGUGACCCUGAGCUUCCUCAUGCAAUCCAGCGAGGCGUUCAAGGCCGUGCCUGCGCUCGUCGUGCUGCUGCCCGUGCUGCUCGGGCUCAAGUGCUGCCUCGAGAUGACCCUCGCGAGCCGACUCUCAACCGCCUUUCAUACGCAGCUGCUCAGCGACGCCGGCCCGAAAGACCAGCGCCGCAGCGUCAUCCGAGCCAAUCUCGGCGUCGUCAUCAUCCAGGCCACCUGCGUUGCGCUGCUCGCGACGGCGUUCGCGGCUGGAAUCACCUCGUUCGAGUCGGAGGAAGGAUGGGUGUCCCUGCAUCAUCUGGUCGUGCUGCUCUCGUCCGCCGUGUUAACGUCGUGCAUUGCGGCGCUGCUGCUGGGCAUGUUCACAGCGUACGUUGUGAUGGAAAGCAGUCGGCGCAACGUCGAUCCAGACAACAUUGCCGGUCCGCUGGUGACGGGCAUGGGCGACUUGCUCGCUGUCGUCCUGCUGGGCUUGACGAGCACAGUGUGCUUUUACUUUCCGGUGGCAACAACCAUUCUCACGGCGCUUGCGAUUGCGAUGAUGCCAUACUGCUUCCGCAUGGCCUCGGCACAUCGACCAACCUUUGUCGUCUUGAAAACGGGCUGGCCCCCGAUUCUCGCCAACUUUGUCCUGAGUCUGAUUGCAGGAAUCUUCCUUGAAGGUGACGUCGACGAGCUCAUGGGAGGCCUGGCCACCCUCGUCCCUGUCAUCAACGGGACGGGCGGAAACAUUGCUGGCAUUUACGCGAGUCGCUUUGCCACGUCGUUGCACAAGGGCAAACGCGGCGGGCACGAAACCACCGGCUCGACACUGGCCCUCACCACUGUGCCUGCUCAUCUCGCGUUUCUGUUGAUUCUGCGUGUGUCUCCCGUCGAUACCACGAGCGUGUCGUUGCCGAUCGCCCUCGCCUACUUGCUGGCUGGUACCAUCCAAGUCCUGGUGUUGCUGCGCCUCGGCAAGUACCUUGUGAAGCGUGCCUGGGCCCGAGAUCUCGAUCCUGACAACCAUGUUGUUCCGUAUCUUACGGCGCUGAGCGAUCUGAUCGGGACGACGUCCAUUGUUUUGCUAUCCAAGUUGUAGUUUGUGUUGUCGUUCUUGUUGUCGGUAGUCGUAGUAGUAUUAGUAGUAUUAGAAGUAGUAGUCCUCGUA